AUGGAAUUGGAAUUCACUGAGAAAAACUAAGACACCUUCCUGCUGCAGAAACUGAACGAACAGAGGAAACGCAAUGAGUACUGGGACAUGGCCUUGACUGUGGACCACCAUGUCUUUUAUGCACAUCACAACAUCUCUCCAGUGAAGAACCUCAUCUCUAGCCAUGAUGUGAAGACCACUGAUGAGCUCUUUAUCAUCCUUGACCCCAACUACCUGAGUCCAGCCACGGUGGACCAGCUCCUGGACUACUUCUACUGUGGCAAGGUGGUGAUCUCGGAGCAGAACGUGGAGGAGCUCCUUCGUGGGGCCCAGUAUUUCAACACACCGCGCCUUCAAAUCCACUGCAAUGACGUCCUGAUUAAGUCCACCUGCCGUGCCAACUGCUUGCGCUACCCCAUCUUGGCUGAGAUGUUUGGGCUCAAAGAGGUAUCAGACUUGGCCUACUCUGGCAUUCGUGACAACUUCCACUACUGGGCCAGUCCUGAGGGCUCCAUGCCUGAGGGCUUCAUGUGCUGUCCACCUGUCAUCUUUGGCCGCCUGCUUCAAGAUGAAAACUUGCAUGUGCUCAACGAGGACCAGGCUCUCAGUGCACUCCUAAAUUGGGUGUAUUUCCAGAAGGAGGAGCAGGAGAAGUAUUUCCAGAAGUUCUUUUAUUACAUCAAUCUUAAUGCUGUCUCCAAUAAGACACUGAUGUUUGCCCUCAACAAGUUGAGGUGCACGGAGAACAGCUCAGCCCACACAACCCUGAUUGAGAGUGUCCUUGUGGAACGGAAGCAGGAGAGGCCAUCCAGCCUGCUGAGCCACCAGCGGAAAGGGGCCCUGCUUGACUCGGUGGUCAUCUUAGGUGGCCAAAAGGCCCAGGGCAAGUUCAACAAUGGAGUGUUUGCAUAUAUCAUCCAGGAGAACCUGUGGUUGAAGCUCUCAGUGAUGCCCUAUCAGGCAGCAGCACUUAGUGCAACCUCUACUGGUUGCUACAUCUAUGUCUCUGGCAGGACCAUGGACCGGAUUUCAUGGCUGAAGAUGGCUUGGCGGUGUGACAUGGAUGACAACUCCUGGACCAAGUUCCCUGACCUGCCAGUCGGGCUUGUCUUCCACACCAUGAUGACCUGUGGGGGGACAGUGUACUCAGUGGGUGGGAGCAUUGCCCCAAGACAGUAUGUCUCUGACAUCUGUCGUUAUGAUGAGUGCAAGGAUGCCUGAUGCCUGGCAGGGAAGAUGAGCAUUCCUAUGGAUGCCACAGCCAUGAUCACCAGGGGUGACCAGAACUUGUACAUUGUCACUGGGCAGUGCUUGGCGAAGGGCUACAUCUCCAGGGUCGGGGUGGUGGACUACUUUGACACCAAUACUGGAGAGGUGGUCCAGAGUAUCACCUUCCCUACUGAGUUCAACCACAGGCCCCUGCUCUCUUUCAAUCAGAACAGCAUCCUCUGCGUGCACAGCCACCAGCACAGUGUGGAAAUCAGCCUGCAGAAGAUAAAGGCCAACAAGUUGACCACAUCAGUGCCUCUCUUGCCCAAUAACUGCCCCGUGGGAGUCCAUGCUAUAUGCUCCAUGGAAGACGGUAGGGUGUUUGUAUGUGGGGGUGUCACCAGAGCUAGUGAUGUUCAGAAAAGAGACUACACCAUCAAUCCAAACGCCUACUUGUUGGACCAAAAGAGAAGCGAGUGGAAGACCCUGCCCCCCACACACACACCAGAGACACUGGACUGUCCCGCCUGCUGUCUAGCCAAGCUGCCUUGCAAAGUUCUUCAAAGGAAUUAA